AUUAAGUAAGAACUGGCGCGUGGAGGUCGUAGUACAGCAAAUUGUUCUGAUAGUUGCCCUACUGUUGACUUUGGAGCAUUACAUCACUUGCGCGUUAGAAUAAAAUAUGCGUAAAUUUGAAUAAAAUCGAUAGCACGGUGUGAUAAAUCUGUCCAGUUUUGACGAAAGGCUUCUCGCUUUCACUGAAACUACGAAUGAAGAAAGUUAUAGGACUUUUUGAUGCAGCUUUACCUCCUAAAUUCAAACUACGACUUCAAACAAUUUAUCGAUUACGUGUGAAUAAUCGUGGAGAGCUAUUAAAACCGCAAAUUCAACCUUCCUUCUCUUCAUAUGUGAAGAGAAUGUCGCUAAGACAAGUCGUUGCCGACAAACUUCUAAAUGAAGUGAUUUGUCCACUGAAGAAACCGGAUGGAAGAGGUUUCAACGCUUUGGUCGUCGACAAACCGUCAAUGCUCAUGAUCUCGGCUUGUUGCAAAAUGCACGACAUCAUGGAAAAUGGCAUCACCAUAGUCGAAGACUUAACAAAGCGAAGGGAGCCACUUCCUAGCCUAGAAGCAAUCUAUAUCAUAGAGCCGAGUAGUGAAUCGAUCGACUGUCUUAUUAGCGACUAUGCUGGGCGAAAUCAAUAUAAAUGUGCCCAUGUUUUCUUCACAGCAGCAUGUCCCGAAGAUCUUUUUUCGAAGCUCUCCCACAACUCAGUAGCUCAUCAUAUCAAAACUUUGAAGGAAAUCAAUAUCGGGUUUAUUCCAUACGAAAGUCAGGUUUUCUCGUUGGGUUCCGAUAUGAUCUUUUCCAAAAAUCAGAAUGAUCUCGAACUAAUUGCUGAAAAAUUAGCGAGUGUUUGUGCUACACUGAAGGAGUACCCGACUAUACGAUAUCGUGCCGAGUUCGAACUUAACCUCGACCUUGCCCAACUUGUCCAACAGAAAUUGGACGCAUACAAAGCAGAUGAUCCUGAAAUGGGUGAAGGAGGUGGAAAAGCUAAAAGCCAGCUGCUAAUAAUAGAUCGCGGUUUUGACGCAAUAACUCCGAUUCUACAUGAGCUGACCUUGCAAGCGAUGUGCCACGACGUGCUCGAUAUCGAAAACGAUGUCUAUCAUUACGAAACUGGCGGAAAGAAUCAGGAAACUAUUCUCGAUGAAAACGAUGAACUUUGGGUUGACACUCGCCACAAACACAUAGCAGAUGUAUCGCAGGAGAUUAUUGCAGGACUGAAAAAGUUAGGGGACACUAAAGAUGCCUCAAAAGCUGUUGCAAAUGUUAAAUCCAUCAAGGAUCUGUCCGACUUGAUAAAGAAAAUGCCGCAGCAUCAGAAGGAGUUGCAUAGGUUUACGAGCCAGUUUCAUUUGGUGGAAGAUUGUAUGCAUAAGUAUCAGAAUGGUGUGGAUAAGCUGUGCAAAGUCGAGCAAGACAUAGCAACCCAAUUUGAUGUAAAUGGCGAAAAGGUGAAGGAUCCGGUGAGGUUGAUGGCACCGCUUUUGAUAGAUCCGGAGGUGAAGCUGGAGGAUCGACUGAGGCUUGUUUUGCUCUAUGUUUUGAGCCAAAAUGGGGUCAGUGAAGAAAAUCUUGAUAAAAUGCUACAACACGCUAAUAUUCCCAUGAAUGAGAGAGACACAUUAACAAACUUGAGUUCCCUGGGAAUAAACGUAAUUAAUGAAUCGGGAAGGAGAACCCCAGCUCUUUCGAGAAGACAAAGGCCAAAUGAGCAAGUUUACCAAACCUCCCGUUGGGUUCCGGUAAUCAAGGAUGUCAUGGAAGAUGCCACUGAUGGUAAACUUGACUCAAGGAAAUACCCAUUUUUACCCAACAACCGUACAAAUCAAGGCUUUGGUAUAGCCAGAUCUGCUCGCUAUGGUCGAUGGCACAAGGAGGCACCUGUUGGCCCAAGUGGACCAAAACUAUUCAUCUUUAUUGUCGGAGGCCUUGCAUACUCGGAAAUGCGAGCCGCGUACGAAGUGACGGAAGCUAUGAAGCCUUGGGAAGUUGUCAUAGGCUCUGACCGCAUUAUUACCCCGGAACAGUUUAUAAGAGAUCUUCGACAGCUUCCCAGCGCUGAAGAUUGCUCAGAUCUGUUGAAAAAGCUUUAUUUGAAAUCAAGACCUAAUAUAAACAAGGAAUCAACGCAUCAACCUUCGUCCUUCGUCGCCAUCUCUCCUUUCACGCGGGGAAAAAUCCGAAAAGAUAUGACUGGCAGCAAUGCUUAUCAGUCCAGAAUGAUCACUGCACGACAUCAUCGAAGAUCAUCUUCAAAAUGGAUUCCGCCGUCAGCACCUUUACACAAUCCGAUGAGUAUUUUCCGUAGCCGUGCUAGCAGGGAACGAGGCUCUCGCAUGAUCCAGCCAAACCAUCUUUUCGACGAGCCACGUUAUGAUCUCAACAAUUUUCGCCAAUUCACCAACAACUCAAUUACGACUACGAAAUACAGUCUGCUGACGUUUAUACCCUAUAACAUCAUACAUCAAAUGUGUACAAAAUAUGCGAAUAUUUAUUUUUUGUUCAUUGCAUUGCUAAAUUUCUGCCCACUAUUUGCUGCAUACACAAGAUUUCUUGGCUUAGUGCCAAUAAGCUUUGUGCUAGGUACAACUCUUAUAAAGGAUGGUUUCGAAGAUUUAAGACGUUGGCGGUACGACAAUAAAAUAAACAAUAACACGUGCCAUGUAUGGGAUAGGGAUCGCCAGAUGUUUCGAAAAAUGCAGUGGAAACAUAUCCUCGUCGGAGAUUUUGUACACGUCUCUAAUGAACAGGAUAUACCAGCUGAUAUAUUAUUUCUAAGGUCUUCGGACGAAAAUGCCACAUGUUUUGUGGAAACAAGCAAUCUAGAUGGGGAAACAUCCUUGAAGCAAAGAGUUGUUCCUAGGCAAUACGUGGCUUUCUCAGAGCCUGAUUCGAAGUUCAUGCCAUCGCAGUUUACUGGGACAGUUUUCUGUGAGCCACCCGAUCCGGCCAUUUACACAGUUCGGGCGAAAAUUGAGUACGAGCCAGGAUGUUUUGAAGUUGUCACUAAAGACAAUAUGUUACUUCGAGGUAGCCGUCUGCGAAAUACAUCAUGGAUCGAAGGCAUUGUUUUGUACGCAGGACAUGACACUAAAGUAAUGAUGAACAAUGGUCGUACUCCUCAUAAAAUCUCUGGAAUUGAGCGACUCACCAAUAAAUUCAUUAUUGUUUGCGUUGUUAUUCUGGUAGCGAUGGUGUUAGGAAGCUCAUUGAUGUCGGGUAUUUGGUCUUCUCAUCAUCCACCGUCAAAUAAUAUAAGCACAAUUAUUCCGGAUCCAUUUGUGGUAUGGGACGCUCCAACGCCAUUUUUCGAAGGUCUGUAUAACGUUGGCACAUUUGUGAUAUGUUAUCAGGUUAUUGUACCCAUUUCAUUGUACAUCACUGUCGAAAUUAUCAAAGCAGCUCAAAUGUAUAUUCUUAGCCAAGAUAUUGAACUAUAUGAUGAAGAAUCCGAUCGUCCAGUCGACUGCAGAUCGCUGAACAUCCCAGAGGAAUUGGGGCAGGUAACCCACAUAUUAUCGGACAAAACUGGUACACUCACAGAGAACAUCAUGGUAUUUCGGAAUUGUGCAUUCGACCGUAAAGACUAUGGCCCGGGAAAUUUGAAAGACAUAGAUCCCACGCAGCCAGUUGCCUCAGUAGCACUACUAGCUAGAGUAAAAAACGAAUGGCGCACAAAUGCCACUAUGAAACAUUUCUUCUACAACAUGGUUCUGAACAAUUCGGUUGUGGUGAAUAAAACUCCACAUCACGACGAGUUAGAAGUCGGUUAUUUCGAGCAUGGAGUCUACAACAUUGGGAACUCUUCCUUCUUUGAUAUCAGCUUUGAUCAAUUUACGGAAAUGGUGGCAAAUCUCAAAAAGCAGGCAUCUAUUGAGGAAAGGCCAGAUUCACUGGCCAAUCCAAAUCUGCCGGAAAUUCCUGAAGAAGACGAAAUUGGCCCGUUCACUCCAGGAUCUCCCCGAUCAUUCACUCCCAUAUCCUCUGCGUCCGAGAAGGAGGCGCCUCCAAUUUUGACUCCGUUAUCGCUCAUCUCAAAAGGAUCUCUUACAAAAUUUGUGCGAAGAAAUAUCAUUUCACCCAUCCAGGAUCUGAUUCCUUAUGCUUCGAUUCGUAAACUUCGUCAUGAAACCCUUCUUCCACAAGAAGAAUGGUGUCCAUAUGAAGCUGAAAGCCCGGAUGAGUUGGCGUUAAUCUUAGGUGCAAAACUCUACGGUUUCACGCUUGUAGACAAGGCAGCAACACACAUCAAAAUUAGUUUACCGGAUGGUUCCAAAGAAAAAGUUCCAAUUCUUCAAGUUCUUCCCUUCCAUUCUGGACGUAAACGUAUGUCCAUAGUGCUUGAUACACCAGCUGGACCUCUGUUGUAUUGCAAAGGAGCAGAUUCUGCAAUAUUACCUAGACUGCGUCGCCCGACAGAAGCAGAAUCCGUCCAUUGCUCAAAAUUGAAGGAACGGCUGGACGAGUAUUCUUGUAGAGGUCUUCGAACUUUGGCAUUUGGUAUGCGACUGCUAAAUCACGAGGAAUGGGACGAGUUCAUGGAGAGCUAUCGAUUUGCAAUGAGCGUAACCUCAAAUGAUCGUGAUGAGCUUCUCUCGCAGAAGGCGGAUGAGAUCGAAAAAGACCUGGAAUUGUUGGGAGUGACGGGGAUUGAAGACCGAUUGCAAGAUGGUGUGGAAGAGACAAUAGUUGCAAUGCGCAGUGCAGGCAUACAGGUGUGGGUCCUGACUGGAGACAAGCUAGAAACUGCUGAAAAUAUUGCACGAUCUUGUGGAUUGUUUUCGCCCAAUAGAGAAACAAGAAAAAUAGAGACCCCGGAAGAUGUAACGCAAAUACGAGGAGAGGGAUUCAACUUGAUUCUCUCACCACAAGCAACACUUAUGGCAAAAGCUGGUGAACAAUCCUUACUCUCCAUUCUUAAAAAGGCUAAAGCUGUGUUGUGCUACCGUAUGACACCUUCAGAAAAAGCAGAAAUUGUAAAAUGUGUAAAAACACGUCUGAAAGGUAGGGUGCUAGCUAUUGGUGAUGGUGCUAAUGACGUACCAAUGAUUCAAGCUGCACAUGUUGGAAUCGGGGUGGCUGGAAAGGAAGGCAUGCAGGCUGCUAUGGCUUGUGACUUCGCUAUUGCAAGAUUUCGGUUUCUUAGACGUCUGCUAUUGGUGCACGGGCAUUGGUGCUACGAUCGUCUUGCUCUAACUUUUUUGUUCUUCCUUUACAAAAAUACGAACAAUGUAUUUAUUCUGUUUUUCUUUCAAUUUUAUGAUGGAUGGUCAGCAGCUUUCACUAAUGACCCCACGUAUACUAUCCUAUACCCAAUCAUCUUCUCAGCUGUUCAACCUAUAAUAGUCGGUGUCUUCGACCAGGAUCGAUCGGCUGAAGAUCUACUGGAAGAUCCGAGCUUGUACUCAUCAGGCCGGAAAGGAACCAAAUACACAUUUAGCCUUUUUGCGCUCAGCGUUAUUGACGGGAUAUGGCAAGCAGCUGUUGUUUAUUAUGUGGCGCAUUUGACCUUCGACGGUUAUGAUUGUGGAUUAUGGACUUUCGGAUUCUACACAUCCACAGGUGUAAUGCUUACCAAUGCCGCACACCUUAGCAUCGAAGUUAGGUGCUGGACCCUGCCGAUAGCGAUAAUUUUCAUAUUUUUCAUCGGACUUCACUAUGCUUACUUCAUCAUAUAUGGUUUUGUGGUCCAACCACAAUGGAUCCACAAUGCUCCUGUGCUGGUCGCGCUGGAGGCCAUGAUGACUGUGGACUUUUGGUUGUAUAGCGUGAUUGUAACAGUAAUCGCAGUCUUUCCAAGAUUUGCAUGUAGAUGCCUGUGGAAUACGUUGUUUGAUAAGGAGAAGAGAAAGACGAAGUGAAAAAUUUUCGGGUGCAAAUGACUCUGUGAUAUGUUUGUACAUAAUAAGCUGAUAUUAUGACACGUGCC